ACGAGGCGCGCAGUCGAUGCCCGAAGCGCGCUCGGGACGCUUCGAGGGAGUUUCGAGCGCGUUGUCGCCACCGUCCUCCGCCAGUGCACGGUCCAGCGACGCGCGCGGCAGUGCGGUCGCGGGCCCCGCCCCCCUUACUUCACUCGGCGGCUUUUGCAGUGAAGUCCACCCCCUCGCCCGCUCGCAAACGCACAGGCUGUCCGUCUCUCUCCCUCGCUUUCUCUUCCGGUGAUUUCACCUGCGCGUUCAACGCUGAGUUUCGCGCUGCUGUGAUCAAAGGGUUUAGCGCAGACUACUUUCGCGACAUGUCGCGCGAAGCUUGAAAGACUCCGCGGUCUGAAGUGCCCUGUAGGAGUCGCCGCGAACAUGGAGCCUCGGAUCAGACAUUUCUUUGCAGCGCGGAGUGUCGGACACCUGCUCAGAUACGCUGCGCUCCUGGCACUGUCAGUCGUCACCCUCAACUCGAGGACUGUGUCGGAAGCCUCGGGACAUAGCUCGCCGAAGUUAUGCGACUCAACCUACCAGCCAAUGUACUGCCGCUGCAACGUGGAAGAAGGCGACGGAGAAGACCCGACCGACGUGCAGUGUUUCGUCACGGCGCAGUUAACGGCGGACGAUGCCUUCCUGAAGAUCUUCGAAGGACGAGCGUCCGUAGAGUCGCUGGGUUUCACCACGUACGCAUCGGGAACUCACAAGAUGGACUUCGUUCCUACCGACACACUCAGCAGAAUGCCCGGCUUGGAGAAGCUCAAGUUUUCCCAGAUGAACCUGGGCGUGUUAAGAAAACGAGCCUUCUACAACUUGAGCCGACUAGCAGUGCUUUCCUUGGACUCCAACGAGAUCACAGACCUGGACAAAGAGGCCAUCUCGCACUUACCGAGGCUUCGCAAGCUCGAGCUUGCCGACAACAACCUGACGACCCUAUCAGCUGGAGUGUUGACGGAACUGCCGUCCCUUACGCACCUAUAUUUAGAAAAGAACCAGAUCGCGACUCUCGAAGACUUAGCUUUCGUUCAGCUGAGCAGCCUUAGCGAGUUGGACCUCAGUGACAACGUCAUCGAGAACCUCACCGAAGGGACGUUCAAGGGGCUAGGCCAGCUUACCCGCCUGGACCUGUUUCGAAACAAGGUUCGCAGGCUCGGUGCCCGUGUCUUCGGCGGCGCGCCCAUGCUGGUAGAGUUGGAUCUCAAGUACAACUCCAUCGACGAAGUGGACCCUCUGGCGUUUGACGGCCUUCCGCAGCUGGCGAUCCUGUACCUGUCGUACAAUCGGCUGCGCGUGCUGCCUGCCAACAUGUUCCUGGGCGCUCCCAACCUAAUGACCGUGGACCUGUCGCAGAACAAGCUGGUCACGCUCACCUGGAGGACGCUGCAGGACUUGGUCAACGUCGACGCACCGUCGUUCGACCUCAGCCUCACGGGCAACCAGCUCAGCUGCGACUGUCGGAUCGCCUGGAUGCUGCACCUGGAGAACGUCACGCGCAGCGACAAGUUUCGCCGAGAACUACGUCACGUCAAGUGCGACUUUGACGUCACCGACGCUGCCGCGACCGUCAAGCCGGGCAGCGCGAGUUCCAAGGUGGCCAGACUGAGCUUAAAGCAACUCGGCUGCCGCGAAGAUUACAAGCAUCCUAGUUUGCGCGGUUCCCACGGUGUUUCCCCUUCCCCUGCAUUCCCGACGCCAGGCAGUCACGAUUACGAGGAUGAUGAUGAUAACGAUGGCGCUGCGUCCACUAAGGUCGGUAAGCUUGACAACGAAGGUAGCACAGCCGACGGUGGCCAGGACAUCGCUGAAUCGAUUCCAACAGUAGCACUGCCAGCAGCCGAUACUCUAGGCGAAAAAGAGGCGGCUGUAAAAGACCUCAGUGGGAACAUCCAUGCUUCUAAUAACGACAUCGACACGGUUCUCAGCCAGCAGAAGGCACUGGAGAAGUCAGAGCCACCGCGCAAAGCUAAGCCUCGUCCUGAGGGUGUGAACAGCGGAGCCUUGAGGAACAUCGAAGGGUCAAGUUGUGUUGGUAUGGUGGUGACGUCACUGAUCAUCCUGGCUAUGUCGAUGGACAGAUGAUAAGUAGGCAACCGCAAAAAAUAAUAUUAUUGGACACGUGUUAUAGGAGAAGCAAGCCGUUUUCGAAACGUCCACACCAGUUUUCUUGUUUUCUUUGCCGUCUAAAAUGGUGGUACACCGGCAGCGUUUCGGGGGGCGCGCCGAAUGUGGUGCGCUUGCACACACCACGGACAGGGUGUGCAGAACUGUGAUUCCUUGCAGCCUAUUGCUGUUUUCGCGGUAUUCAACGAGCGAGUAACUGCACCUUAUGUUGUAAUGAGUCUUGGUGCAUCUGGUCGUUUACGAGAUAGUGAGAAAAAGUAGAUAUACCAGGAUUGAAGAAAUCAUACGCCCCCUUCGUCGAGCAGUCUCACGUGCGAAUAUGGGCAUCCGAAUAGAUCAUCCGAACUGUGCUGGAUAAAUCUCCUUAGGUACUUCCGGGUUGAUAUAAUUUCAGCGAAUGUAAUUUCUUUUUUUACUGUGUUAAAGGAAGUAGUGCUCCUUUUGCUUAAGAGCAUUGAGUAUGCGCUUAUCUUAUAGUAACUAUAUCGGCACUAUCUCUUUCACUUUUCAUCUGUCUCCUAUGCGUAUUCAUAAAACAACGUCUUCAAUACAAUGCCAGAGGCACACUUAUGUAAUGGGACAAACUCUGAGUGUUUCAUGCCCUGUGCCUGAUACUUCAGAUAAGUGCAAGAGUUAAGGGACAUUUAAGCUGUCCGUAACAAUGUCUCCAUCACUUGACAUAAAAGAUAUCCUCAACACUCAAAGCAUUCUGGCGUUAUCAGUGGUGCGGAAACUGCGCUUCCCCAUGUAUCUUUCAAUAUGAUGGCAACCAAUGACUGGUGUGUUUAAGAAACUGCAGUUGCUUAUGUAGUAGUAUUUCAAGUUGGUCCUUGCAAACUUACGGUUAUUUUACAGACUAAAUUGGUUUUCCAUGAGCGAUAACUAUGACAUGACCAAGUGUUGAACGCCAGGUCAAAGUACUCACGAUGUCUGUGAACAAACCGGAUUAAGUAUUUUUGAAAGAGGCAGGUGAAUAUCGACCCAAUGACCGUCCGUUCUACCACUGGAAGCAGUGGAAAGUAGACGGAGUGAUUUGAGAGGAAGUUUCAUUCCGUCGCGAAUAACACAAAAUUCCCAACUCAAGAAGCGUAUUCAUACUGUAGGUCGCAUCAGGAGCAGCAAGAUUAGGCUGCAACGCUUCGGCGCGUCAUGAUAUAUAGCUUAACGUCCGUAUAGAGAUCGGUUGCUUGGCUGGCAAUUUUAAAGCACCUAAGCCUACUGUAUAGUGGACACUGCACCAUACAGAGCGUAUUGCAUCACUGCAGACUGGUUGUUUCUGUGGCUGUAACGUUCACCGUCGAUUUAUUCAUUUAACAGAACCUGCCGUAGGCCUAAGCAAUGCCCGUCGAAGCUUUCCUCCACAACUCCAAUCACAUUUUCAUUUGUAUCUGUCGACACGUUCAUCAGUGUCUAUAUUGUUACUUAUCUUUUUUAAUAUAUAACUACCUCGCAAGCGAGCUACGUGUUCUCACAAUAUGUGCAGUCGCGCUCAAUAUGACUUGCAACACGGGAGCGCGUGGCCUUAAGAGCUUUAAGAUCACCUAUUGCCUCCACUAUUCCUUAUUUCCACAACUAAACGCUGUUCAUAUAACUGAUCCCAAAUAAGAAAUGUAAUUUAGUUGCGGAAAUUAAGGCAAGUUGUAGCCACGCGCAAUUUUUGAACUCGUGAGUCCACGCGCUCCUGUGUUGCAAGUCAUAUCGAGCGCGACUGUACGUAUAAGAUGCACCGGUACCGUUUUGUAGUCUGUGUCCGUUUUCAGUCCACAGUCGUGACGUCAGUGUCUCUAACGCUCUUGCGAAGUGCAGGUGCGGGCCGCACGCCCUUCAUCGUUGUAACCACGGUUGCUUUGUCAACGAACAGCACAUUCGAAAAUACAGGCGGUGUGAAGUAUUUGUUGCAUUUCAGCUCUUGUUGACUGUUAAGGCAGUGAACGUGUACAAUUGUUAAUUGUACGCAUUAAACACGUAGAGUCUCCGUCAUUCUGCGUCACUGUACAAUACGUGUUACAUAUUCAGAUUUCUAGUUUUAAAAUGCGCAUUACGACACACGUUUCCGCUGACUGCAUACUUUAAUGUAAUUUCUGCAUCAAUGUUUGAAACAUCGAAGCACAUGUGUCCAUUUAUUCAAUAAACAGCACAUAGAAAGG